CAGAAGGUGCAAAAGCAAGAACUCGACUCAUUGAAAGAUGGAAUAUGUAUGCAUAGUUGGAACCGAUUGGUGUCAUUUCAGGGACUCUGAAGAGCUCCGGUACCAGAGUCCUUUAUGUCUCAACACAGGGAAGAAUUCAGCAAGGGCAAAGUGAUAGACAGGAAGAAUUGAAAAGAUUGCAGAAUCCCUUGAAACAAGUCAAUGAUGGAAAGUAUUUACUUGAAAAUCACCAACUGGCCAUGGAUGUGGAGAAUAACAUUCAAAAGUGUCACGUCAAUCUACAGCCCUUGGAAUCAAAGGUGAAAAUCAUUCAGCGGGCAUGGCGUGAGUACCUGCAGCGGCAGGAGCCCCUGGAGAAGCGGAGCCCGUCCCCGCCCUCCCUGUCCUCGGACAAGCUGAGCAGCUCUGUCAGCAUGAACACCUUCUCAGAUAGCAGCACCCCCGUGAGUGCGCACUUCCUUCUCGUGACUUGGUUGGCCAGCCGUCUGGUCUCCAGGGCUUUGGCUCUAAGAGAGGAAUCUGGGGAUGUGAGCAGGUGGUCUGUGAUCUACAAGUUGCUUGUUUGCUAUGGUGAGGGUUUUGUCCUCUCGAAGCUGUGGGUCAUGAAGGCAAAGUGAACUUU